AUGCCCAAGCAGCCGAGGCAUAGGGAGGUUAUGGACGUGCUGGCACGGAAAGGCUACUACGAUGAGAUGACCAACACUUUCGAAGACAUCAAAGCCAAGCGCGAUGUUGUGGAGAAGGAGAUCACGGCUCUCCUGGAUGAGAAGGAAGAGAUUGAAAAACGAAUGAAGGAAGCGCAGGGAGAACUCGAAGCCGUCCAGGCAUCGAAUAAGGCCAGCCAGAAGGCCAAGCGGAAAACUGAGCGCAUCCUUCGUCAGCUUGAGGCUGGCGGCUCAAUCGCGCGACAGGCGCUGAGGCGACUGCAGCUGAGCCGGAUGCCUCUGGCAGAGAGGGUCGCGAAUGUCCGCAAGGAUUUCCGGGAGGCUGCUCUGAGCAACAUCACGCCGAGCUCGCCCGUCUCGAGGCAGCGCGUGAAAGUGGACGACCUGCAGAUGAUCCUGCCGGCGACCGGUGAGGGAGGGGAGAACGGGGAGGAGGGCACAGGCGAAGUUGCGCUGGCCCUGCGCCGCUUCAUGCCCCAAGGGCUAAGCGAGCCACCAGUGAUCGUUUUCUUCCAUGGAGAGAGCUACGUAGCUGGCGAUCUGGAUACACACGCUUGGAUGUGUGAAUCUCUGGCGGUUCUGUCCCGGGCUUCGGUGGUUUCGGUGGCGUACCGGCAGCCACCAGAAGUUCGGUUUCCGGGAGCCUUCCACGACUCCUUCGCAGCUGUCUGCUGGGUCGCCGAAGGUGGCCUUGGCUACUCGCCUCCCUUCUUGGCAGUUGCCGGCGACGCAGCUGGAGGAGGACUGGCUGCAGCGUGUGCCCUGCGGGCCGCGGUGGACGGACCCAGAAUAGCUUUGCAGGUUCUCUUCUACCCAUGGCUGGACGUGAGGCCGACGAGCCAGGCUAUGCUUAGCUUUGAGGAGACCAAUGAUCAGCAUCUGGCGAUGCAGGAGGAGUUUGCUUUCGCUAGCGAGGUCUACGGGCCGAAGAUCGACGUCCCAGAAGACGAGGAGGAAGAGGAGGAGGACGACGACGAGCCCAAAGUCUUAGACUGGAUGAAGGCCCGGGAAGCCUCGCCUCUCCUUGCUGAGUCGCUACGGCCGAUGCCUCGCACUUUCCUGGCAUAUGCAGCUGACGACCUAUUAGCGCCUGACUGCCGGAGCUUCGCCACCCGUCUCCGGAAAGAGGUGGGCGCCGAGGCCGUGCACGAGCUGGAGCUUCCCGCCCCAUUGGGGCCUGGUUUCGCCAAGGAGGGGACUCUCAUAUUCUUCAGCCUCUUGACCUUGGCUGGUGCAAUGUUUAAAAAAACUGCGAAGCAGCUGGUGACUUUUGAUGAGCUCGGCCAGAGAUCUGGCUUUGGGAGUGGGCAUCGAAGCCUUUUGGACUCGGAUGGCAACCUUAGCAACUUCGGCAGCACCGGGGCCAAAGGCACUCGAAGAGCCGCAGAGACUCCAGUGACCCCGGCACUGCUGGCUGCGCAGCCACUGAAGUGGCUACACAUACCGAAGUGUGGGACUUCUUUGUUGAAUGCCUUGAUCCAUCUUUCCGGUGUUUGCCCGGGAGUAGACGACUCUUUCCAAGUGAACUCCGAUGUACUCGGGUUUCACUUCGAAGCGAGUUUCGACCGCGCUUGCCACUACCUCUGCGAUGCCGCGAAGUUCGUUUGCGCUACAACAAUCAAUGGGCUGUACAGAACACAUAGGGGCAUCGGCAUCGAUUACGAUGUCCUCAAAGGCCACAUCGUGACCAUGUUCCGAGAUCCGAUUCAGCGCAUCCUCUCUGCCUGGAAUGAUCCCGUGUUUAAGCAUGGAGCUGGGCAUAAGGACUUCUUCCAAUAUGUACAUUCAGAGGCGCAUGCUCUGACAUGUCAGAUCAUGGGAGAUGGGAUCAUGGAUCCGCUGCCAAAGUUCUGCAAGAAUAUGACCGAAACAGAUGCGGGACUGGCGCUCGUCAGGAUUCGGGAAGGCUUCGCGUUUGCCGGGAUUGUGGAGGAGUGGGACCUCUCCAUGUGCCUCUUCCACCGUAUGUUUGGAGGUGAUUGUGUCCACUCGGAGUUCAUGGACAACAGGCCGACGUUUCCUGGAGCGACAACUUACCACGAGUACGAUGUGUCUGAGCUUGGAGGGUAUGAUGACCCAGUGGACCGACUCCUCUACAACGGAGCCAAGGAGCUCUUCUUUGAGAAGCUGAGGGAAUACAAUGUGUCCCAUGAGUCGUGUCAGCCGUGCUAUGCACAGGCACAGCUGCGGACAGCUUGA